CCGUUCCAUGUUUUUUCUCUCUCCCGUAAACACCAACUCUAUAAAACUCUUCUCUUCAUAAAUUUCUCUCUCUCAUCACUUCCUUUUCUCUCUCUGCCCGUCGCCGUUGUUGAUGAUUGAUCGCCGUUCCCCAAAUCAACGUCAUUGGGGUUGAAGGAGCCCUAAUCCCUUCCAACCUUCGAAGGGCGGGUAGAAGAGGCGAGGAUUUUAGGGUUUGGUAUUUAUGUCCAGUAAUCAAGCUAGGUUUGUAAAGAGCGACGGCCAGCUGAGGAAAACCGGCGGUCGAUCCGGCAAUAACAGAGGGUUUUCCGGUGGUGGCCGUGGAGGGAAGGGCGGAGGUGGGGCUUCUUUCCACGAAGUCUCAUCUUCUCCGAAUCAACCGCCAUUGUCGAGCAACCGAAGUUUCAAGAAGUCUAGCAAUGGACAAGGAGCCCAGUCAAGGAUAAAUCCUGCAAGUUCGAGUUCUGAAGCAUCUGUUGCCACUGCUGCUCCUAGAACUGUUCAGAAUGGUGCUCAUGGUCAACCCCCAUCACUGGCAUUGCCAAGUGGUCCAAGGCCAGAUACACCGAUCUCCACGACAUCUCGGCCCCUUCCAAAAGCUCCAUCUUCACAAUCUUCUAUUGGGAUUUCAGAUUCUACAAUGCUGAUCACACCCGUCAAAGGAGAAGAGACAAAGCCAUUCGCUCUCCAAUUUGGGACUAUAAGUCCUGGUAUUGUGAAUGGGUUGCAGAUUCCUGCCAGGACCAGCUCAGCACCACCUAACCUUGACGAGCAGCUGCGAGACCAGGCUCAUCAUGAUUCAUUCAGGGCUGUCCCCACACAGCCUAUACCUCCUGGUCCUAAGCAGAAGUCAGAACCGGCAAGGAAGGAUGUAGUUGGCAUUGAACAAUCUACUAGUGAGUUGCACCCUCCUGUGCAGCAACCACCAAUCUCUAUGCAAUUCGGUACCCCUGUUCUGCAACAAAUGCCUAUGACUUUGCCCAUAGGAAAUGCCUCCCAAGUUCCACAACAGAUGUUUGCUCAUAAUCUCCAGUCUCAUCCUAUGCAGCAUCAGGCAAUGAUUCACCAGGGACAAGGCUUGGGUUUUGGACCUCAACAUGGUCUCCAGCUUGGUCCACAGUUUGGGAACCUUGGGAUUGCUAUUACUGCCCCACAAUUUUCUCAGCAGCAGCAGCAGCCUGCAAAUUUUGGCGGCCCUCGUAAAACUACCGUAAAAAUUACUCAUCCAGAGACCCAUGAGGAGUUGAGGCUUGAUAAGAGGACGAAUUCUCAUGUGAAUGGUAGCUCAUCAGGGCAAAGGCUACCUCGUAAUGCAGGGCCACAAUCUCAUACUAUUACAUCAUUCACUUCCUCACAUUAUUUUCCUCAGAUGCAACCAAAUUCAUAUAAUCCUUCACCAAUCUACUUUCCUACUAGCACAUCAUUGACUACAGGUUCACAACCGCCAAGGAUUAGCUACCCAGCUGGACAGAGUGGCCAAGCCAUUUCAUUUAUGAACCCAUCACUCCUGAAUCCCAUGCCGGGUAGCAAAUCUCUGCCUCCUUUUCAUAGUCCCUCUGAAAUGAUAAAGUCAGAACCUCCUCUAGUUACAGCUCCACCAGCUCUGCCUCAGGGGUCAGUGAAGCCAACUGCUGCUCCAGUUGGUCCAAAAGUUGGGGGACCUUCCGUGACUAUUAGCAUGCCUAAUAACAAGGCUGAGGAGACUAGAUUCUUAAAGCCAGCCGGGGAAGCCACUUUCAUUGAUCAGUGUCAGCAAAGGAAUAAUGCAAGCUUAACAGAAAGUUCUCCGCAGCAGUCUGAGACGCUUACUCAGUUAUCAGACAUCACUCGAGGUGGACGUUCAGUUGCAGCGGCUUCAGUUGUUUCAACAAAAAUAACAUAUCCUGGAACUUCAUCAGCUCCAGCCAUUCCUUCAGUGAAUUCUGGAUCUGCCUUAUUAGCGAUUGAUAGCAAAAAAAUUGAACCUAUUGGAAGAUCAGAUUCCUUGAAGGAUAACCAGAAAAAAUCAAGCAUAAAAGAUCUGAAGCCAUCUCAGCAACAAGGACAAACAGAUGAAUCAGCUACAAACUUGUCUUCUUUAAAAAUUUACAAGGAUAGCAGCUCGGAACCUGUGAGCAGUACACAAUUAGUUGAAGGUACUCAAAAAAUUCGUGAAUCUUCUGGGGAGAAUACAUCAACUGCUACAACUGACUUGCCUUCUUCUUGUCCAGAACAUAGUGCUAGAACUGAAGCCAGAAGCAGUAAGUCAAUCAAAAGUAAAUUUAUACCUGCUGAUUCAGGUUCGACUGGAGCUGUUAAGGCUGAGGACGCACCAGAACAUUUUCCAAAGAGCUGUACUGUGAGAGGUCCGAAGGUGUCAUCUAGCGCUGACUUUGAGCUGGAUGAAAACAUAUCUGAAAAUAUAGAUUCUGCUUCACAGAAAACUGAUAAUGUUACUCUCGAAGUUGAAUGCAGAAAAAAGAUGUCAGAAGAGUCGGAACAUGGAAAAGCUUUUGAGGUUUCUACAGAUAAUAGUAACGCUAAAGUUGAUCCAGUUCCUACCAUCACAAGGUCUUCUGAAGAUGGAAAGCCAGAUGUGUUGGUUAAAGAGGAAGAGAGUAGAACAGCUGCUCAAAGGACAUUGAAUAUGGUAGAAAGAACAGCUCCUACAUCUUUGGAGCAUAAAUAUGCUGCUAACAAUGAGAAAGACGCGCCUUCUUUUCCACACACUGUUAAAGAUGAAAUGAAAAUAACAUGCGUUGAAGAUGUUGGCUCAUUUGAAGCCCCAAUAUCUGAGAGGACAACAAUUUCAGAAGCGUCUAUUGUGGAGAUUCCUGAAGAUGUGCGAACUUCCUCUGUGGCAUCUGGCCUCAAGGACAAAAUCCCUUCAGAGUCCGCUAAGGUUAAGCCUAUUACUGGAAAAAAGAAGAAAAGAAGAGAGAUAUUCUCAAAAGCUGAUGCUGCAGGACGUUCUGACCUGUACAACGCAUACAAGGGUCCAGAGGAAAAGCCUCAACUUGCAUAUACCUCAGAAAGUGUAGAUAGUUCUUCAAUAGUUGAUAGGGAAAAACAAGAAGCAGAUAAUCAUGAUAAAGAUGAAGUUAAAAUUGAGGAAGAUGGACAAAGAAAAGCUGAAGUUGAUGACUGGGAAGAUGCAGCGGAUAUCUCAACCCCCAAGCUGGAGAAUGGAAAGCAGGUUAAUGAAACAAACAAGCAUAGUGAUAACGAUGAAUGUGAAGCCACCAGCACAAAGAAGUACACUAGAGAUUUCCUUUUAACAUUCUUAGAGCACUGCACUGAUCUUCCUGUUAGUUUUGAGAUCGGAUCUGAUAUAGCUGAUGUGCUGAUGAGUGCUUCACUUAGUAAUUUACAUGUUGUUGACCGGGGUGCCUAUCCUAGUCCUGGAAGGAUAACGGAGAGAUCUCAGGGAGUUUCCAGGAAUGAUGACAGAUGGUCCAAGGCACCUGGCCCUUUUCCUCUACGCUCAGAUGGUCAUAAUAUUUGUCCUGUUCCAGGUGUCACUCAUGGGGUUUUAAGAAAUCCACGUGGACAAGCGUCAAAUCAGUUUCCAAUUUUCCCUGGUCCUAUGCAAUCAGUUACACCUCAGGGAGGAUCAUUGCGUUAUAACUCUGAUUCAGACCAAUGGCGUUCCCAAAACAGUUCACGAGGUUUAAUGCCUUCUCCUCAAACACCUUUGCAGGUUAUGCACAAGGCUGAGAGAAAAUAUGAAAUAGGUAAAGUGUCAGACGAGGAACAGGCGAAGCAAAGACAGCUGAAAGGCAUUCUAAACAAGUUAACACCUCAGAAUUUUGAGAAACUCUUUCUGCAAGUUAAAGAGGUUAACAUCGACAAUACUGUCACCCUCUCUGGUGUAAUAUCACAGAUUUUUGAUAAAGCACUGAUGGAGCCAACUUUCUGUGAAAUGUAUGCGAAUUUCUGUUUCCAUCUUUCUGGUGCAUUACCGGAUUUCACUGAGAACGAUGAAAAAAUUACCUUUAGAAGGCUACUCCUUAAUAAGUGCCAGGAGGAAUUUGAAAGAGGGGAAAGAGAGCAGGCUGAAGCUGACAGAGUUGAAGAGGAAGGUGAGAUUAAACAGUCUCAGCAAGAGAGAGAGGAAAAAAGGAUCAAGGCACGUAGGCGUAUGCUUGGAAACAUCCGCUUGAUUGGAGAAUUGUACAAAAAGAAGAUGCUAACAGAGAGGAUAAUGCAUGAGUGCAUCCAGAAGUUGCUCCGGCAGCAUGAGAAACUUGAUGUAGAAGACCUUGAAUCCCUGUGCAAGUUGAUGACUACAAUAGGAGAUCAGAUAGAUCAUGCCAAGGCUAAGGAACACAUGGAUGCAUAUUUUGAAGCAAUGAUAAAGUUAUCAACUAAUCAGGAAUUACCUUCACGGGUCAGGUUCAUGCUGAGAGAUGUAAUUGAUUUGAGGAAAAACAGAUGGCAACAAAGGAGAAAGGUUGAAGGGCCCAAGAAGAUUGAAGAGGUACAUAGGGAUGCAGCUCAAGAACGGCAAUCUCAAACUAGCAGAUUGACUCGUGGUCCUAGCAUGAAUUCUUCUUCAAGAAGAGGACCACCUAUUGAUUAUGGUCCACGAGCAUCCUCCAUAUUACCUUCCCCAGGCUCCCAAACUGGUGGCCUCCGUGGAUUACCCUCUCAAGCCCGUGGCUAUGGCAUGCAGGAUGUACGGUCAGAGGACCGCCAUCCUCUUGAGAACAGGACAUUGUUGCUUCCCUUGACUCAAAGACCUGAUGAUAGUUCUAUUACCCUUGGUCCACAAGGUGGUCUUGCAAGGGGGAUGUCUUUUAGGGGACAAACAUCAAUGUCAAGUUCUCUGGGAGAGACUCUUCUUUCCGUUGGAGAUAACCGGAGAAUGACAUCAGGUUCAAAUGUCUAUAAUACACCAGACAGGGUACCUUACAGCUCAAGGGAAGAUGCAGCAUUGAGAACACUGGAUAGGUCAUGUGCACCACCUAAUACACCUGCUGGGCGAACACAUGAAUCCCUAGGUUGUACUCUGAUAGCAGCUUCUGAUUCAAAACCAUUGAACGAAGAGGCUUUACGGGAAAAGUCAAUAUCAGCAAUAAGGGAGUUCUACAGUGCCAAGGAUGAGGAGGAGGUUGCUUUGUGCAUUAAAGAGCUGAACUCUCCAAGCUUCUAUCCUUCCAUGGUUUCUCUCUGGGUAACAGAUUCCUUCGAGAGAAAAGAUAUCGAGAGAGAUCUGUUGGCUAAGCUUCUAGUUGAUCUCUGCAAAUCUCAAGAUAGCUUGCUCAGUGAAAACCAGCUCAGUCAAGGGUUUGGAUCUGUUCUCUCAUCAUUGGAGGACGCUGUGAAUGAUGCUCCAAGAGCAGCUGAAUUCCUUGGGCGCAUCUUCGUAAAGGUGAUAUUGGAGAAUGUGGUGUCAUUAAGAGAUAUAGGUAAAUUGAUUCAUGAAGGUGGAGAGGAGCCCGGCCGUCUUCUAGAGAUUGGGUUGGCGUCAGAGGUCCUUGGCAGCAUAUUGGAGAGCAUAAAAUUAGAGAAGGGUGAGUUCACUAUGAAAGAGAUCCUUGUGAACUCUAAUCUUCGGUUAGAGGAUUUUAGGCCGCCGCAUUCAAAGUCUAAGAAGCUUGAUGCAUUUCUUUAGAGAAGAGGGGAAUAUCAUGUUUCGUGUGUAGGUCUAGUGAAAUUAUACUCCUUUUGUUUUAGUUAGGAUCUUUUUUAUAGUAAUUCUCGAAAAUGCAUUGAUAUUCUUUGGAAGACUAACUGAAGAAGGAAAUAGAAACGAGAGGGGGUUUCUUAGGCAUAGCGCAAAUUUUUAAUACAUUUUUGCUAAUAAUUGAGAUUAUUCUUAUGAGCACUGGUAGCUUGAGAUCCUAUAACCUGGCUCUGGGAAGCAAAGAGAUUUAUGAAAGCCAUCGUAGUGGUGUUUGAUGCAAUAAAAACUUUCCUCCUGAGUCUUUCGGCAAAA